CAAAUGGUACCCUUCUCUCUUUACUAGCUCUGUAAAUUUCACCAUUAUCAUCACCAGCAAACCGCCGUCGUCGCGCCAUGAUCGCCGGCAAGGACGUUGUCGAGAUACUCCUCGCAAUCAUCCCAAUGUACUUUCCGCUAGCAAUCGCCUACAUUACUGUGCGGUGGCUCAAACUCUUCACCGCCGAGCAAUCAGCCGGAAUCAACCGCUUUGUCAGAACCCUAGCCAUUCCAUUCCUCGCCUUCAGAGUAAUCUCAUCUAACAACCUCCUUGGCAUCAAUCUCAGACUCUUCGCCGCGGAUUCGCUUCAGAAGCUCAUCUCCCUCGCCGCUCUGUUCCUCUGGAAAAUCCUCUUCAAAAACGCCUCUCUCGAAUGGAUGAUCACUGUGUUCUCUUUGUCCUCGCUUCCGAAUACACUCAUUAUCGGCCUUCCGAUGACGACGGCGAUGUACGGCCAAGAAUCCAUUAGUUUCAUGAUUCAGACUCUGAUUUUUCAGAACGCGAUUUGGAUCAAUGUGUUGAUUGUUCUGUUCGAGUAUAGAUCUGCGAGGAUAUUUGUCGAGGCGGAGAGAUUGAGUUUGUCAGUUGCGAAGGGUCGGAGGACUGGCGGGGAGUGUGGUUUGGUGGAUAUGAGCGGAUUGAAGCAGAUUUUUCCGGAAAAAACAGAGGUCAAUGUUGUAUCUGUUGAUCGCGACGGUGAAAUUGUCUCUGAAGGUAAUUGUAAUGGAGGAUCUCCGCCGAAAGAGAUACGCCCGGCUGACGGCGGUGGUGGUUCUGGACAUGUAGGGCUUAUUUUUGAGCCUGAGAAGGAAGUUGAUCUCCCAUCGGAGGAUACCUCGCCUUCCACAGGAAGGAGUGGAAUGGCAAAGCUUAUAGCAUUUAGGUUGGGAAAGAAGAUUACACGAGAUCCCAUAACUUAUUCCAGCUUAAUCGGCAUCAUUUGGUCUCUCAUAUCAUUCAAGGAAGGCAUAAAAAUGCCAACAGUGUUGCAAAGAUGUGUAUUAAUGUUUGCAGACACAGGCCAGGCGCUGGCCAUGUUCAGCUUGGGCAUUUUCAUGGCGGCACAGCCUACCAUCAUCGAUUGUUCCAUGUCCCAGGUUGCCAUUGCCAUGCUCGUUCGAUUUCUCAUCAGUCCUAUGCUCAGCGCCGCCACAUCUAAGCUGGUCGGUCUUCGCGGGAUUAUAUUGCAUACCGCUAUUAUUCAGGCUGCUUUUCCUCAGGGAGUUGUUUCAUUUGUAUUGGCUAAGCAAUACAAUGUUUACCCAAACGUAAUGAGUACUUCGGUGGUUGUUGGAAUGUUGAUUGCCUUCCCAAUUAUUCUAUGUUAUUAUCUGCUUCUGGGGGUCGUUUUUAAAUAAAGCAAAGUAGAAGACCUGAAGAGUAAAAAGUGAAAGUUCAUGGUCACCAUGUAAAAACCACCUUCAAUUUUUAUGUAGGAGGUUGUAAAAUUCUAAUGUACUUUGUCAACAACAUUUUCAAUAUCGACUGUAGCUUAGAACAUAGAUGCAUCGAGUAUCAUUUGAAAGAUUAAUGGUCUGAUCUAUUUUGAACGGAU